AUGGUAUUCGACCGCUUAAUUAUACUUCCAUGCCACUCAAUAUGGAAAGCACAAAGUAUACAAGCCGCUACAGGCCAGAGUUCUGAUGAAUGGCACCUCGCGUCGUUUCAAAUCGAGGGCCACGAUCACCUUUGUUUCAUCGACCAUAUUCGCAAAAGUUUUGAUGAAUUGAAAAGAAACCCACACGCGCUCCUUAUUAUUUCUGGGGGCCAAACAAAGGCAGAAGCUGGGCCAAUUUCUGAGGCGCUCUCUUACUAUCAGCUCGCACAAAGACUUAUCGGAACAGCCGACGAGAAUUUGUUGCGAAGAGUAUUUCUCGAAGAGUAUGCCCGGGAUUCUUUGGAAAACGUUAUUUUUCUGAUCUGCAGAUUCUAUGAGAUCGCUGGAUUAUACCCGAAGUUCAUAACUGUGGUUGGCUUUGAGUUCAAAAAAAGCAGAUUUCUCAAGUAUCACUUGGCACAGGCAUUGGAUUUCCCCGAAUCCCUGGUGGAGUAUAUUGGAAACGCGCCACUUCCAGGCCCCGAAAUUGAUCAUGAACAAUAUUUCUCAAGCUUGGUUGCUGCAGAGAAAAAACACGCCCUCGAUCAUUUUGCAACCGAUCUCUAUGGGCUCCGAGCACCGCUACAAGAUAAAAGAAAACAGAGAGACCCUUUCAACAGACAUCAUGGUUAUGAGUCUAGCAACCCCAAGAUGAAAGAAUUUUUGAGCAUUAUCAAGAAUCUCGGCAACAAUAACCUCGCGGACGAAGAAAUUAAAAAUCGAUUGCAGGUAAGCUGGACUUGA